UCAUGUUAGCGGUAGAGUCACUCUAGGGAGAUCAUUGCUUUGGAUGGCUGGUUUCAGAGCAAUACCAUAUGGCCAUGGUUCAUCAUUGGAAGUGUUUCCCACCCCGGAUACAGAGUUAAGAGAGCUUCUGUUAAGAGUUCCAGUCUCACUGGUUUUCUUGCUGGCUGUGGUUCCUCUCGGUCUGGGCACCAGAUUUACUCUGUUGAUCUCCAUGCCCAAUACAUCCAGUCCUUUCAGCGCUGGCCGGAUUGGGGCUGGAGCGCUUAUUGCUAUCACUGCUGCAAACAACAGUCCAGACCUCCUGCAAGGUCAUCAGCUGGACUAUCAUUAUGUGGAUGAUGAAUGCAGUGAUCUGCGUGGCCCUGGCAAGAUUGCGGCGCUUCACCAUAGACACAAAUACAGCGCUUUCAUCGGACCUUCUUGCUCAAAUGUUUGUGCAGUGACUGCGAAACUAGCGGCAUAUUGGAACAUUGCUGUCAUCAGUCCCAUAUGUGCCCAUCAACAGUUUCUUGAUAAAAAGGCCUUCCCAACAAUAACAAGAGUGUUUGGACCUUUUACAAAACUGGGAGCUUUCUUUGUGGAGAUCUGUAAAAGGUUUGGCUGGCAGCACAUUGGCAUCAUUUAUGACAGCAAGCCGGCAUGGAAUAUUCCAGCUGAGGGAAUCAGGCUCCAAGCAGAACAUAAUAACAUCACAGUGGCCAAAUAUCUUGAAAUAGGGGUCUCUGGCCCCCAAGACUCCUCGUCGACCUGUUCCCAAAUCUUAAAUGAGAUCACCCUAGUGUCUCGCAUUAUUGUGAUAUCAGCGCGUGGAGAGGUGGUCCGCCGCUUACUGAUUGAAGCUCACAAGAAAGGCCUGACCAACGGAGAUUUCGUUUUCUUCUGUUUUGAACCAUAUAGGCUUAAGAAGUCAUUUGGGAAUUUUGACUGGAAACAAGGUGAUGAAUUUGACUUUGUGGCAAUGGAAGCCUAUAAGGCCCUGUUUUUCCUGUCUCUGUAUAAACCUGAUGAUGAACAGUACCAGGCUUUCUCAGAGAGCGUCAAAAGAAGAUCCAAAAAAGACUUUGGCUACACAUAUUCCCAUUAUGAAAAGGUAUCAGUGCUAGCAGCUAUAGCCCAUGACAGUGUUUGGCUCUACGUUCAGGCGUUAAACGAAACCUUGGCAGAAAAUGGAGACCCAUACGAUGGCUUUGCCAUCACCAGAAGAAUGUGGAACAGAACCAUCACAGGAUAGUAGAGCUUCCUAUGCAUCCAAGGAGAAGUAACUAUGGAUGCAAGUGGAGAUCGUGAGUCAGCAUACAUGAUGAAAAAACUCCAAGGUGGAAACCAGUUUCAGAUCCUUGCUAACUAUUUUGGGACUGAUAAAAAAUAUAUGCCAGUGAAAGGGGUUUACAUAGACUGGCCUGGAGAUCGGACAAGUCCACCCAAAGACUCUCCGGACUGUGGCUUUAGAGGAGAACUCUGUGUCUAUCUAGACCGAAAAUUCUUUAUUGCUUUGGGCAUUAUUGCUGGCUUGGUGACCACAGGGACUCUCACAAUCUAUGUUUUGUACAGGAAGAAUAAACUCCAGGAAGACGCUGCCAAGAUGCUGUGGGAAGUCAGUUCUGCUGAUGUCAUUAUGAUGGAACACCACUCCUUGAAUAUGCCAAAGUCCUGCAGGUCUAAAUCCAUUCAGACAUCUUUGGAGUCCAUCAUUAGCACCAUGCAGGACAGGGCAUCUGAACAAAGAACUGCAGUCUACAAAGAAACAGUUUGUUCUGUUUACUUUUUGAAUGUGAAGAACAUUCAUCUGAACAGCAAGCUGCUGACUGAGCUUAAACAGUGCAGAGAUCUGACACACUAUAAUAUUUGUAAAUUUAUUGGAGCUUGCCUGGAGACCCCUCAAUCUUUCAUUCUCACAGAGUAUUGCCCUAAAGGAAGCCUGCAGGACAUUUUGAAGAAUGACUCUAUCAAGCUGGACUGGAACUUUAAGUAUUCCCUCAUGUCGGACAUUGUAAAGGGUAUGGACUAUUUGCAUCACAGUCCUCUGCACUCUCACGGUAACCUCUCUUCAUCCAGCUGUGUGGUGGACAGUCGCUUUGUCUUGAAGGUCACCGGUUUUAGAUUUAGUUCAUUCAGGCUUUCAGAGAAUGAGGACCCCUGGACCGCUCUGCUAUGGACGGCCCCGGAGCUCCUGAGGCAGUCCAUGCCUGCAAAUGGUACACAGAAAGGGGACGUCUACAGUUUUGGCAUCAUCGCUCAAGAAGUUGUAUAUCGCCGAGGGCCUUUCUACAUCCCCGGCUGUCCAUUCAGUGCUAAAGAGAUUGUGGAGAGGGUCAGAAUGGGGGGCUGUAGCCCUCUGAGGCCGCACACAGACUGUGGCGAGUGUGAAGCGGAGCUGGAAGAUCUUCUGAACAUCUGCUGGAGAGAAAAGUCUGCAGAGAGACCAGACUUCUCUUUUCUUAUGACUGCCAUCAAGAAACUCUGCCCGAAUGGGGGUUCGGAGAACAUUCUAGAUAACCUGCUUUCCCGCAUGGAGCAUUAUGCGUGUAAUCUCGAGGAGAUAGUCAGCGAGCGCACCGCUCAACUUCAGGAAGAGAAGAAGCGGGCAGAGGGUCUACUCACGCGGAUGUUACCACGAUCCGUAGCUGUGCAGCUCUUGGAGGGAAAGACAGUGACAGCCGAGACCUACGACUGCGUCACAAUCUAUUUCAGUGACAUCGAAGGUUUCACCGCCAUGUCAGCUUCCCUCACUCCAAUGCAGGUUGUUAAUGUGUUGAAUGACCUGUACACAUAUUUUGACAAUAUCAUCGACAAUCACAAUGUAUACAAGGUAGAAACCAUCGGUGAUGCUUAUAUGGUAGUGUCGGGCCUGCCUAUAAGAAAUGGACUCGACCAUGCGAAGGAAAUUGCUAGAAUGUCAAUAGCUAUAGUUCAGGGCAUGAGGAGUUUCCACACUCUACAUGUACCUCAACAGCAGCUGAGGGUUCGCAUUGGAGUCCAUUCAGGGCCCUGUGUCGGCGGUGUUGUGGGUCUGAAAAUGCCACGCUACUGUUUAUUUGGAGACACUGUGAACACUGCCUCUAGAAUGGAGACACAUGGAUUACCACUGAAGAUCCACGUGAGCAGUUCUACCAAGACUCUCCUUGACACCUUCAAGACAUUCCACUGUGAUCCGAGAGGUGACAUCCACAUAAAGGGAAAGGGCUGGUUGAGGACGUUCUGGCUUUUGAGGGAAGAUCCAAUUCAGAUGUCUCGCUAAACACGUUUACCUUCUUUUGUCACUUUUUAGUUGAAUAUAACUGUGUUGAAAUAGUGGGAUUAUAACAACUAGUCCUAUUGAGUGAACACACAAAAAAGCUUCUUUUUGUCCCUGUUGAACAGAAACUGCAUUUACUGGGUUAGGUAUGUUUUGGUGAUGGUUUAACCAGCUUAAACCAGCUAAGUACAGCACAUGACCAGUUUAAACCAGCAUCAAAACAUAACAAACCAGAAUAUGCAGUUUUUUUCAACAGGGUUAUUGUGUCUAAAAAUGGGCAGUUGCUCACAAGUUGCUAAAGGCGACUUCAUCAUUUGUGGAGACGUUAGACAUCAUCACGGAUAUAAAUCUCACAAGUAAUUCAAUAAGGGCACAACUUUCUAAAAAUGAGAAUGGAGGAUACAUUCACUGAGCAAUUUACACGUUGAAAAAGGUCGAAGGUUUGGUGGUGGUGACAUUGAUAUCGAGUGACUGUAGAGUAGUCCGUUUAUAGCCUCAUGUUAGCUUUUUACUUCUGGCAUUUGUAUGUAGGCUUCAAAAGUAACAAAUGUUGUGUUCAUUUGUUAAUAUUAUCUUGACAGACAAUAUGUGUAAACAAUAAGCCUUUGUUAUUCACAGAGCUUCUUUUUAUGGGAAAACUUACUUCUCGCCUGGCCUACAAAAAUAUGUCAUCUUUAAAAUAAUAACAACUUUGAUAAGUGAACCAACGUUUUGAGAACUUUAAAGGAAUAUUUCAGCCAGAGAACGCUGUUAUCAAUUGGUCACUCUUGUGUUGUACAUGUAUGACUUUGAGGUUUAGAAUGACAUGGCGCUGAGUAAAUGAUGACAGAGUUUAGAUUUUUGGGAUAACUCUGCCACAGUAUAAAUAGCAAUGUGUUUUUUGCAGACUGUCAAAAUGAUAUUUUCCAAAUUAGUUGUGGGAGAUGCACUGCAGCUCCUUGUGGUUUAGUCAGAGCUUUAAUUUCACAAUUGUAAUAGCUAUUCAAUAGCAAGUCACUUAGACUUUGUUUAGCCAACAUCAAAACAAUCAUAUAUGUGUAAAAAAAAAAUUAUUCAACAAUUCUUCUAGGGGUUGUUUGCGUAUUGAUUUCCAAACAUUUAUCAAUCUUUUAACCCUACAA